AUGGCCCUCGACUCUCGCUCCGCGUACUCCCUCUCUGUCCUUCCUGCACACAAUGACCAAUUGGGCGAACCGCGCACCGAACUGCAGCAGAAGCUCAGGGACUUCAUCCUCGCAUUUCAACUCGACGGCGUCUACAUCUACCGAGACCAGCUGCGGCAAAAUGUCCUGGUCAAGCAGUAUUACUGCGAUGUCGACCUGGCGCACCUGAUCUCAUACAAUGAAGAGCUCGCGCACCGGCUCACGAGCGAGCCUGCGGACGUGAUACCGCUGUUCGAAGCGGCGUUGAAACAGUGUACACAGCGCAUCGUGUUCCCGCACGAUCGCGAGGUCCAGCUCCCUCAACAUCAGCUCCUGCUCCACUCGAGUGUCGCGCACAUUUCGAUCCGUGACCUGACCGCCGCGAACGUCUCGCACCUCGUCCGCAUCCCAGGCAUCGUCAUUGGAGCGUCCACGCUAUCGUCAAAGGCCACCCUCGUCGCGAUCCAAUGCCGCGGCUGCGAACACACGCAGCAACUCCACGUCGAAGGCGGCUUCUCUGGCAUCACGCUCCCUCGCCAAUGUGGGCGGACAAAAGUCCCCGGCCAAGAGUCUGGAGACCCGUGUCCUCUAGACCCCUAUUUUGUGGUCCAUGAAUCCUCACAAUUUAUCGACCAGCAGAUUAUAAAAUUGCAGGAAGCACCAGACCAGGUCCCAGUGGGUGAAUUGCCCCGCCACAUUGCCGUCUCUGCGGACCGGUAUCUGACGAACCGAGUCGUUCCUGGGUCGAGAUGUACGGUGAUGGGGGUGUUUUCAAUCUAUCAGCAAAACAAGGGGUCGAAGAAGGAUAGUGCAGUUGCGUUGAGACAACCGUACUUGCGAGCAGUGGGCAUCCAAACGGACGUAGACCACUCGGCCACCGGGGCAUCAUUUUCAGACGAGGAAGUUCAAGAGUUCGAGGAAAUGUCCAGAUUACCCGACCUCUACGAGCGGUUUGCGCAUUGCAUUGCUCCAGCCAUCUAUGGAAACAUGGAUAUCAAGAAGGCCAUUGCAUGUCUGUUGAUGGGUGGCUCAAAGAAGAUUCUCCCAGACGGCAUGAAAUUGAGAGGCGACAUCAAUGUCCUACUUCUGGGUGACCCGGGCACAGCCAAGUCGCAGCUGCUGAAAUUUGUCGAAAAGGUGUCGCCCAUAGCAAUCUACACCUCCGGAAAGGGUUCAUCGGCAGCCGGUCUGACCGCCUCCGUGCAACGAGAUACACAAACACGAGAGUUUUACCUGGAAGGUGGAGCCAUGGUCCUCGCAGACGGUGGCGUGGUCUGUAUCGACGAAUUCGACAAGAUGCGCGACGAAGAUCGAGUGGCAAUUCACGAGGCAAUGGAACAGCAAACCAUUUCGAUCGCGAAAGCGGGCAUCACCACCAUCCUCAACGCCCGCACAUCCGUCCUCGCAGCCGCAAAUCCCAUCUUCGGACGAUACGACGAUCUAAAAUCUCCGGGGGAGAACAUCGACUUCCAGACUACCAUUCUAUCUCGUUUCGACAUGAUCUUCAUCGUAAGAGAUGACCACGAUAGAACGCGGGAUGAAAACAUCGCGAAGCACGUCAUGGGCAUCCAUAUGGGCAACCAGGGCGUCGAAGAGCAGGCCGAAGUCGAAAUCCCGGUAGAGAAGAUGAAGCGAUAUAUCAGCUUCUGCAAGUCCCGGUGCGCCCCCAGAUUGUCGCCUGGGGCAGCAGAGAAGCUCUCGUCGCAUUUCGUCUCAAUUCGGAAUCGAGUAGCUCGAGCUGAGGCUAACAGCAAUGUCCGAUCUUCUAUCCCUAUCACAGUCCGUCAACUUGAAGCCAUAAUUCGAAUCACAGAGUCACUCGCGAAGCUCACUUUGUCAGCCGUAGCAGAGGAACACCACGUUGACGAAGCUAUUCGUCUCUUCCUCGCCAGCACCAUGGACGCCGUGUCUCAGGGAGAAGGCGCUGGUGGCAUGAGCGGAAACAGAGAGUUGAUGGAGGAAGUGAGCAAGGUGGAAGAAGAGCUUCGAAGGCGGCUGCCGAUUGGUUGGAGCACAAGCCUGGCGACUCUAAAACGGGAAUUUGUUCAGGGGCGAGGAUACAGUGAAGCAGCGUUGGCCCGCGCAUUGCAUGUUCUGCAAAGAAGAGAGACGAUACGGUUGAGAAAUGGUGGAAGUCAGGUAUAUCGAAGUGGAGUCUAA